GGAUCAGUGUGAGGAGGGGCAGCACAAGCUACACACUCACACAGAGUUAACAUUCACACACACACACACAAAACAGACAACACACACACACACACACACACACACAAAAACAAAGUGACAGAAUGAGGGAGAUUGUGCACAUUCAGGCCGGACAGUGUGGAAACCAGAUUGGCGCAAAGUUCUGGGAGGUUAUCAGUGAUGAACAUGGCAUUGACUGCAGUGGAACUUACAAUGGAGACAGUGAGCUGCAGCUGGAGAGGAUCAACGUCUAUUACAGCGAGGCCUCAGGGGGAAAGUUUGUGCCCCGUGCCAUCCUGGUGGAUCUGGAGCCUGGCACCAUGGAUUCUGUUCGUUCUGGUCCGUUUGGACAAAUCUUCAGGCCUGAUAACUUUGUGUUUGGUCAAAGUGGUGCUGGGAACAACUGGGCUAAAGGUCACUACACUGAGGGUGCAGAGCUGGUGGACUCGGUGCUGGAUGUGGUACGUAAGGAGUCGGAAAACUGCGACUGUCUUCAGGGAUUCCAGCUCACACACUCUCUGGGUGGUGGCACAGGUUCAGGCAUGGGUACAUUGCUCAUUAGCAAGAUCCGUGAAGAGUAUCCUGAUCGCAUCAUGAACACGUUCAGUGUCACACCGUCACCCAAAGUGUCGGACACCGUGGUGGAGCCCUAUAAUGCCACACUCUCUAUUCACCAGCUUGUGGAAAACACAGAUGAGACCUUCAGCAUCGACAAUGAGGCACUGUACGACAUCUGCUUCCGCACACUAAAGUUGACCACUCCGACCUACGGUGAUCUCAACCACCUGGUUUCUGCUGCGAUGAGUGGUGUCACAACAUGUCUUCGUUUCCCGGGGCAGCUGAACGCAGACCUGCGCAAGCUUGCAGUCAACAUGGUUCCCUUUCCUCGCUUGCACUUCUUCAUGCCUGGAUUUGCACCACUGACCAGCAGGGGAAGUCAGCAGUACCGCGCACUUACCGUUCCUGAACUAACGCAGCAGAUGUUUGAUGCCAAGAACAUGAUGGCAGCUUGUGACCCACGGCACGGGCGCUACCUGACCGUGGCAGCUAUCUUCCGUGGUCGAAUGUCCAUGAAGGAGGUGGAUGAGCAGAUGCUGAGUGUGCAGAAUAGGAACAGCAGCUACUUUGUUGAGUGGAUCCCCAACAAUGUGAAGACAGCGGUGUGUGACAUCCCACCACGUGGGCUUAAGAUGGCCGCCACAUUUAUUGGGAAUAGCACAGCCAUCCAGGAGCUGUUCCGACGCAUCUCAGAGCAGUUCACCGCCAUGCUCCGGAGAAAGGCGUUCUUGCACUGGUACACAGGGGAGGGGAUGGAUGAGAUGGAGUUCACAGAGGCAGAGAGCAACAUGAACGACCUGGUGUCCGAGUACCAGCAGUACCAAGAUGCCACAGCUGAAGAAGCAGAGGAGUAUGAAGAUGAGGUGGAGGAGGAGGAAGACGUACGUCAUGAUGGCCAUCAUGAGGUUCACCACUGAGCUAACAACGUUAAGAAAACAAUACCUUUGAUGUCACUUUCACGAAUGGACUCUUACCAUCUUAAGCAAGCUUGAAUAUGUAAACCUCAGCUACUUCUACUUACGUUCUCUGUGUAACACCUACUUCUUUAGUACCCGAUUUUAGUUACGUUUAAAACUUAAUAGAAUGACCGCCAAAUCCAGGCAAAUAGCUACAUCAGUGAUUACCCCUUCAUGCACUGCUAAUUAGCUAGCUAUAUUCCAUACCUUAUGUUUUAGAGGUGUUAUCCAGCUAGCUAUUAAUGUUAACACUAAAUCUCUAUGGUACUGUAUGUUAGCAAUCGUAUUAUCAUAGAAAAUUAUUUAGCAUUAAGCAGAGAGUAAAGUAUGAGAUUGUAACUGCAGUCAUGUGGUACAAUAAAUUUACCUCUACACUU